CCCCUCUCCCCUGGCAAACUUUCAGCCGCCGCGACGGAAGCAGGAACUUGCGAAACUCAACCCCCGCUGGACCGGGCGGGAGCUGCGGAGCAUCCCCACCCUUCCUCCGAGACCCCGCGCGGAGCGGCCCCCGGCCCCGCGCGCGCCUCGGAGUUGGUCUGGCCACGGAGCACGACCCGGCUCCAGUCACUGCCAGAGAGAAAUUCCACCAUCUGUGCAGUUGUCUCCAAACUCAGACCAGAGGACAUUUGACUUUUGAAGACUAAGACGAAACAGAAGUUAAAAUGUUCUUCUGGAAAGAACAGAGCUUGACAUACACGUUUGUGAUGAUUUGUUUCCUCACACUAAGGCUAUCCACCGGCCAGAAGUGUCCCACAGAGAGCCUGGAAGAUGUUGUCAUUGACAUCCAGCCAUCUCUCUCAAAGGGAAUCAGGGGCAAUGAGCCCAUACUCACAUUAACUCCAGAAGACUGUAUUAACGCGUGCUGUUCAACAGCAAACAUAGCAGGUGACAAAGUGUGUAACUUGAUGAUCUUUGAUGCUCGGAAAACUCCCAGACAGCCCAACUGCUACUUAUUCUUCUGUCCCAGUGAGGAAGCCUGCGCGCUGAAGCCAGCAAAGGGACUUAGGACUUACAGGAUAAGCCGAGAGUUUCCAUCUUUCACCAGAGCUGAUGUGUGGCCACCAGCAGUCACCCCCACACCCCAUCUUCUGAGGGGCUCUUCAAAGACCACUGAGAUCUUUCAGGGAGAUGUGUUUCCUGGGAAGCUUGGAUCGUCAGGUCACUUGGGGAAAAUACUGGAGAUGGAUCAAGUGAGCACACGAUUCCCUGCUUAUGAAGAAAGAGGCCAUUCUCAGAGUUCACACUUUCUUCCAGAACGAAAGACAGCUGCUCUGCUGCCUGGAAAUGUGACCAUACUCCCCACUACUGAGCCUGCCGCUGCUCCACACACCCCCUCAGCCACUUCAAAGCCAGCCGCUCUUCCUUCCACCAGUGCUCCAGUGACACCUUCUGUGGCUCAGUCACAGGUGGCCAGCACGGCCCGACCACAGGUGUCCAGCACGGCCCCACCGCAGGUGGCCAGCAUGACCUCACCGCAGGUGGCCAGCACGACCCCACCGCAGGUGGCCAGCAGGACCUCACCGCAGGUGGCCAGCACAGCCGGACCUGUCACAUCAGUCACCUCCCAGCCUUCCACAGCCCUUGUUUUCACACUUCUGCCACACGCACUGGUUACAACCCAAGUUAGUGUUCCACCUACCACCUUUCAGGGGCCUGUGGACCUGAAAAGCCCCCCAGGAUUGGAAUCCUUCAGGGAAACCUCCAGCCUCCCUGGGAGCACAGGAAACCCCCCUCAGGCUGCUGGUCCGUUGUCCGAUGCAUCAAAUGGGGUUCCUUCUGCUGUGAAGAAAACGGUCUCUGGGGAAGCUUGGGCCGGUCCCAGGGCUCCCUUCCCGAGCAGCACUCUGGAGGGCCAGUUUGGCCUUCCGCUGGAGAAGUGGCUCCUCAUUGGGAGUCUGCUCUUCGGGGUUCUCUUCUUGGCCAUUGGCCUGACACUCCUGGGCAGAAUGCUUCUGGAAUCUCUCCGCAGGAAGCGCUACUCCAGACUCGAUUACCUGAUCAAUGGGAUCUAUGUUGAUAUCUAGGGGUGAAAUAAGAGGAAUCAACUCAUUUAGAACUAGCAGCCUAAGGAAUUUCUGGGACCUGCAUUCUCAGCAGGGUUUUGAAGUAUUUUCAAGACAAAUGCCCCCCCCCCCUUUUUUUUUGAGGAGGGGGAGGAAGAGGAAGCAAAUUAGGUAAUUUGAAUCAUCUGCUGAAAGCGAAACUCUCCUAAAGUAAUAAAGUACAAUUGCCAUAUAAAUUGGAAAAUGAGCAGCUCUUUGCAAAAAAAAAAAAUAAGGAAGGGGGGGUGAUUUAAGUUCCUUGAUAUUUCUGGUUCCAGAUAGAACCAACUGUUUAUGAUAUUAAUUCUAAUGAAUUUACUUUCCUUUUUUAUAUGAAUUCCAACAAAACUCCUUCCAGAUGUAUUUCCUUCCAAUUAAAUAUUUGAAUAAAUCUUUUGUUACUCAAUAAUGUUCUUAACGGGCAUGUCCUGCUGGACAAGUUUCACUUUAUUCCCACCAGCAACAUGAUUAAGUGAUGAAAAUAUAUGUCCCAAGUUAAAAUGACAACCUCCCCCUCUUCCCGUUACUGAGCAAAGACGUUCCUUUGGGAGAAUUUUAACCAAAUCCUAGGCCUACAUGAGAGCGAGGAUAAGUCAGUUCUGCUAAGCAGCCAGAUCUCCUUUGGCUCUGUUCUAGUUAACUGUUUUUUCCCUUGUAAUAAAAAAAGAAAGGAAUAUAGGCAAUUCCUAAACUUUACUAAAUUUAAAAUGUAACAGUAUCAUUUAUAAAUUCUUAACUUACUCAACAGUCAAUUUUAGCUUUAUUUGGAAUAACAUUAGAUAUAAUACUAGAUAGGGCCCUCCCUGGUGGCCCAACGGGGUAAAGCGCAGCACUGCAAAGCUACUAUACUAGCUGCAGCCUUCAGCAUCUGUUUCAUCCCCGCCCGGAAGGUGACCCACAUGGUGCCGCAGACCUCUCCUGACCCGCCCGC